AUGCAUUCGAGGCAUCGCGACGACGACGACGAGCAGCUCGACGAGCAGCCGACGAAGUUUGUCGACAUCGCCAAAAAAUGGCCGAAACAAACAUUUUUGAUAAUCGGCAAUGAGUUGUGCGAGCGAUUCAGUUUCUACGGAAUGCGAGCGGUUCUCACACUUUAUUUCGUCAACGUUUUGCAUUUCAAAAACGCUCAUGCUACAGUAUUCUUUCACGCGUUUACGGUAGUUUCGUACAGCUCGCCUAUUCUGGGCUCAAUUCUUGCCGACGGCUACAUCGGAAAGUUUUGGACAAUCUUCUCGGUUUCGAUUCUAUACGCAAUCGGUCAAAUCCUGCUGGCAAGCGCUUCAAUCGCUCCAGAUGACAACCCAAUUCAUCCAUGGCUCGACAUGCUCGGCCUGCUCAUCAUCGGCAUCGGCACCGGCGGUAUCAAACCGUGUGUGUCGGCGUUCGGCGGCGAUCAAUUCCCGGCGCAUUACACCAAAAUGAUCUCCUACUUCUUCUCGAUGUUCUACUUCUCGAUCAACGCCGGCUCGCUCAUAUCGAUGUAUUUGACGCCGUACCUACGAUCGGUGCCGUGCUUCGGAAACGAUUCGUGCUAUCCGAUGGCGUUCGGUGUGCCGGCAAUUCUCAUGAUUUUGGCCACGUUGAUCUUCAUGGCCGGCUCGUUUUGGUACAAGAAAGUGCCGCCGAAGGAGAAUGUGAUCUCGCGUGUGAUGGCCACCAUCUCGCGGGCCCUCAAAAACAAAUCGUCGGGAAUUCCGCGAUCGCACUGGAUCGAGCACAGUCUCGACGGACACGUGUGCUCGAAAUCCAAAGUGUGCCGCGAAUUGCAUGGAAAGUGUGCCGAAAGAAAAUUCGUCGAGGAUGUCAAGGUGCUAUUCCGAGUCUGCCUCAUGAUGCUGCCGGUUCCAAUGUUCUGGGCCCUCUAUGACCAACAAGGGUCGACGUGGGUGAUUCAAGCAAUCAGUAUGGACGCUCACAUCACCGAUUCAUGGACUCUGAUUCCUGAUCAAAUGGGCUUUCUGAACGCCUUCAUGAUUCUGCUAAUGAUCCCAAUAUUCCAAUCGGGCAUCUAUCCAUUCGUCGAGAAAAUUGGCAUCAAAUUGACGCUUCUCCGAAAAAUGACGGCUGGCGGACUGUUGACCGCGACAGCGUUCAUCAUCUGCGGAAUUGUCCAACUGUUCGUCAAUCGCGAUCUUCCGAUUCUUCCGUCGGCCGAUGAGGCGCACAUGACAAUCAUCAAUACAUUCCCAACGUGCGAAUUUCACACCGAAAUCAACACGGUCGACUCGUUCCUGUUGCCGGCAAAUCAGACAAAACUGAAAGACGUCAUCGAGCCGGCGAUCAUCAAAGGAGGCAUCGAGUUCACCGCUAACAUCACCUUCGACAGCGAUGCUCCGAAUUGCCCGAAAUUCGUGGCGAAUCCCGUCCUCUAUUCCGGCUACUCCUACUAUCUCGCAUUGUCGCCGAUCGGCUGGGCCUACACCGCAACUCCAUUGAAGAAGCCGUCGAAUGGCCAAGGCGAAUUCGCGAUUAGCUUGAAUUACAUGGUCAGUUGUGAUAAUAUCCCAGAUGCUGUUACUUGGAAGGAGUGCAACUCGUCGACAUCCACCUACAACGGGGUGAUCGGAUUGUGCAAGGUCGACGAGCUGACGAGGCCCGAAGCGCCGUGCGAUCCGAAGUCCGACGGCAGGUUCUAUCAGUUCUCGCCGUCAAGGAGACACCAGUUGGAGGUGCAUGAUUAUCAAACCGGCGAGAUUACAAACACCGGCGCAACCUAUGAUGCAAUCGAUGUGAGACCUGGAACAUACCGCCUUUAUUACAUUGAUUAUGAGAUCGACUAUGUGCACAAUGCGAGACCGUCAGCUGAGCAAACGAGGUUCUAUCCACUCGACCUUCCACCGAUCACCCAAAACCAUAUGGGAGGAGUUUAUACUCUGACAAUCGCGACGAGGUCCAAAUUAGUCAAGGAUGUGGUAUCGUAUUCGCAAAUCAUGGUGCCUUACAACAAAGUGAGCAUCAUCUGGCAGAUUCCGCAGUACAUUGUGCUCACCGCCGGCGAGGUGCUCUUCUCGGUCACCGGCCUCGAGUUCGCCUACUCCGAAGCGUCGCCCCAACUCAAAUCGGUGGUUCAAGCCGUCUGGCUGUUCACUGUCGCCGUCGGCGAUCUCAUCGAUGUCGUAAUACUGUCUCUCAAUUUAUUCAGCGAUGUUGCUACUCAAAUGUUUGUCUUCGGUGCUGCCAUGUACAUCGUCAUGGCCAUAUUCAUUCUGCUCGCCGUCAAUUAUUACGAAUAUGCUCAUUAUGCCAACGAUGAUUCGGAAGCCGCCAAUGCGAUUGUUGAUACGGAUAAAAUACAAUAA